AUGACGCAUUCAAAUUCAAUUAAAUUGGUUUGGUAUGAUACAACAAUUUUCGAGAGUGAAGAAAAUCAGAAGCUUUUCAAAACAUUCGAAGAAGCAUUUGGCAAUUGUGUAGGAUUUGUUAAAGAGUCUGAGUGUAAACGAUUUAUUGGACGUGAUGGUGUUGGUGUAAAGCGAAUUAUUUUGAUCAUUAGUGGUGCGCUGGGCAAGGACUUGGUCCCCGAAAUUCAUCAGCAUAGUAACAUUUGUUCGAUAUUUGUGUAUUGUGGAAAUAAAGCGUUUCACCAAAAAUGGGCUGCUAAGUAUGAGCCUAAGGUUCAAGUUCUUACUUCGGCUAAUGAACUUAUUCAGCAAAUUCGGGAGUGUAUAGAUCGAUUGAAUGAACAAUAA